UCUCUCUUGUCGUUCAUAUACUCCUUAUUUCCCUGUAGUGUCUCUUUCAAGAAUCCUGGGAGGUGAUGGACACUGCAACAUCACAGUGCACAUGGGUCCAGUCAGAUGUCCAACCCAGACCUCAUUAUCCUAAGUCCUAAUUCCAGUGUGAUUAAGAUCAGGCCAUUAAAGUGCAUAUGACAAGUUUUUUUUUUUUCGAUGAAUUUUCUUAGUUUAUAGUCUUUGGUUCACGCCUGAAAUAUUUAGAUUUGUUCUGUAAAGAAAUUUAAUAUACUUUUUUCGCUUCAAAACUGCGCUAGUUUCGGCCAUUAUCUUACCGGAGCCUGGUAAUGAAUAUUUGUAAGUUAAUUUAUGCGUGAUGUCAUAUGGUGUACCUAUCCUAAGAAUACUAAAACGAAUCGAACAUGUCCAGAGAAAACCUCCAGAGUUUUAGUGAUUCAGACGAAUCCUGUAAUGAAUCCGACCACUCAGAAUCUUCAAGCUCAUCAUCUCGUGCAGAAUUAGGCAAUUCCGAAGAAGAAAAUAUGGUAGAGGAGCCAUAUCAAGACGAACCGCUAGCCAGCGAUAGCGAUCAAGAUCUAGAAGACGGAGACGAAGAAACAGACGUCGAUGGCCUUCGACCAUCUACUUUAGAGGCUCGAUUUGAAGGCCAGAUUAACGUUAACGAAUGGUGCAAAUGUCAACACUGUCAUGGCGAAGCUUUGGAGGACGCAAUGGAGUUUCGUUGCUGUCAUGAAGUAAUAAAUGCCAUCGGUAAAUUAGUGUUUGAUGGUUCUAUAGAGAAUAUAAAGUGUAUAACACAACACGAAGAUUUCUCAGCCUUGAUCAACCCGACAGUACUGAUGCAAGUGGGGCCAUUAUUACGCUAUCGCCGACAAACCGGUUCUACGCAAAACGAGUGAGUACAGUAAAUUACGUAUGCUCCAAAUCUAUCGCAUAUAUCACAGGAUAAUAAUCUUAAAACGUGUUAUUAAAACAAAAGUUGCUUUCUUAAUCAGUUCAGCAGAAAAUAUAGUUGAAUGAUAAUAGCCCUUGACAGUUUUAGAACCCAUCUUGACGGGUAGGCAAAGCGGUCAGAAAUUACAGGUUUUGUAUGGGAA